GUGCCCGGGAGCAUUGCAGGCAGCCAUGAGCACCAGCCGCCCGGAGCCGGGUGCCCGGGCACCCCGGAGCCUCCGCCUGCAGCCCCUGUCCCGGAGCUCUUCCAGCCUGCUGGGGGAAGGCCAGGGGCACAGGGCAGAGCUCCGUAAGAGUGCCAGCAGCACUGGGUGGCAGGCCCAGCCAGGCGAGGCCAGCACCGGUCCCCGGGUCCCGGAGGAAGAGGCACACCAGGCUGAGAGCACAGAACAGGCACAGGCCUCCAGGCCCCAGCCACAGCCCACUGCCAUGGGCCACUGGCGGAGCAGCACUGUCGGCAAUGUGUCUACUGUGGUCAGUGGUGGCCUGUGUCACCUGAGGGCCCCCAGCGCUGCCACUGUGCAGAGGAGCCACUCAGACCUGGUCCGCAGCACCCUGACCCGGGGCCACAGGGGGGCUCGAAAGGCCAGCCUCAGCUGCUCGGCCCUGGGCAGCUCGCCGGUCCACAGGGCUCGCCUGCAGCCUGGCAGUGCUUCUGGCCAGGGAGGCCAGGCCCCUGGAGGCCUGGAACGGGACCUGGCUCUAGAGGAUGGGACUUCCAACUCAGCCUGGACACUAGGAGAGAGUCAGGUGUGGGUGCCGCCGCUGGACCUGGGAGGCACAACCACCCACAGCAGCCCCAUGACUGGGCCCAAAGCCACUGGGCAGUCGGCCACCACGUCCUGCCAUGCUCUACCCCCAGCAGCUCUGCUCUGCUGCCUUAGGGAAGUGGGGGCCGGUGGCUGCUGCCAUGCCCUGCCGGCCCCAGGGAUCUUGGCCUUUCCCAAACUUGUGGCAUCCGUGAGUGAGUCUGGGCUGCAGGCUCAGCCUGGGGUGAAGCUCCAGUGUAGGUUGCCUGGGGGGCUUCCUGGGCAUUCCCACUGCUGUGCCCACCCUUGGGGUCCUACCCGGUUAGCUGUGGAGCCUGGUGCCAGGACCAAGGAUGUAUGGACCAUGACCUCAGCCAGUGACUUGGCUCCCGGGUUGGCAUCCCCUCUCUCAGCCCAGGAUGCUGGUGUACAGGCAGCCCCCAUGGCAGUCUGCAAGGCUGUGGCCACCAGCCCGCCCCUGGAUGCCCCUGUGGCCCUGCACACUUUCCCGGAGAUAACUCUGGGGUCCGGCCUGGAGGAGGCACCAUCCCCUGUGCGGGAUGUACGAUGGGAUGCUGAGGGCAUGACCUGGGAGGUGUACGGAGCUGCGGUGGACCCCGAGGUGCUGGGCGUGGCCAUCCAGAAGCACCUGGAGAUGCAAUUUGAGCAGCUGCAGCGGACGCCCGCCAGCGAGGACAGCCUGUCUGUGGAGGGCCGCAGGGGGCCGCUGCGAGCUGUCAUGCAGUCCCUGCGGAGACCCAGCUGCUGCGGCUGCUCCAGUGCAGCCCCUGAGUGAGGAGCUGCCACCCUCGGAGCUGUCGUGGGUCCAUGGACUCAGCCCCAGACCAGGGCCAGGGAUGGUGGGGGCCUUGUGCUCCUUGGACCCACUGGCAGCCAUGGACGUGUGUCUGCUGACCACAGGGCUGCAGCCUGGGGGCUGCCUGCUCCUAUCUGUGGGGCUGGAUUUUAAGGGCUUGGUUCCCGAGAGCCACAUCCGGGCUCUGAACUUUGGGACAGUGUCAGCACUGUGCUUAAGGGAGAUCCUGAUUUUUCGUUAAAAAUACUGGACCUUCUGUUCAGUGUCUCCUCAGAACUCUGCCACAAAUUCCCCAGGACUCUUGGUGGCUCAGUUUUAAAGCAGUGCUGAGAGAUCAUGAGUUCCUGACAUGAAAGGUGGGGCCCCAAGUGACAGGGACUGACUGGGUCUUUCGGGAAGGGAGCUGGCAUUGUCAAGGGCCCCCUGUGUGCCACACGCUGUGCUCGUCACCUUUUCUGUUGAGUCUUCACCUCUUCCCCCGUUUGACAGAUGGAACCACGGAGCUUGACAUGGCUGUAGCUGACGUGCCCCGGGCCCGUAGCUUGACAGGGUGGGCGGGGACACAAGCCAGGGCCUGCGGGAGCUGGGGAGCACAUGACCACUCAGAGCAGGGCAGUCGUGAACAAGAACUUCCUGAGCCUGUGAUCCGUACUGGGUUUUGGGAUUCCCUGGGGAACGAGACAGGUUGUCCCUGCCCUCCUGAGCUCAUGGUGUGUGAGGGUCCCCAUCAGUAUGAGGGCAGUGAGCAUUACAGAGGGCUGCGGGUGUUUCUAGAGCCCGCCCCCGUGUAGGUCAUUGCGUCAGGGGCUGGCCUCAGGCAGGAGAGAACAGGUGUCCACCUGUCCCCAAAUACGUUGCAGUGCCUGAAAUUGCACCAUUGUCACCUUGUUCCUUUGGCUUAAGACUUUUAAAGCAGGAGUGGCAUUCUAAGAGGCCAAAGGAACCUGGUGAGAAAGGCAAGCUUUGGGUCAGAAUGCCUCCCAAAGCCCCAAGAUGGGGCUUUUUUACCCCAAAACAUGCCUUCCCGACUCCCAGCUGAGACCAGGUAAAAUGCCACCCCUGCUUCAAAAUGACGGCAAAUCAGAACUGGGGGUGGGGCUGGGGCAGAGAGAGUUGGUGUGGUGGCAGGCGGGGACUUGACGUCCCCCUUUUAAAAUGUGAUCAAGCCAGUUUUCAGGCAGCCAGGAGGCCUGGGCCUGUCUGUCCCUCUGUGUGUGGUACAGGGCGGGCACAUCACGCUCAGGGGGUGACACGUGGGGACCCGGUUGCCCUCUGCCUGGCCCUGCACAGGGGCUCCAGGAGCCCCAGCUGUGGACACGAGGGGAGGGGUGAUGAGCUGGAGAGGGGAGGGCACCAUCACAUAGGGCCACGGCCGAGCAGGGUCUUGAGGACACAGUGGGGCUAGACAGGUGGGCGGAGCGGGGAAAGACCUAUAGGCAGAGAGAGCAGCCUGGUCAGAGGCUUGGAGGCACCUGUUCUGCCUGGGCUGUGGCGAGUCACUGUGUUGGGGUGUUUGUGGGGCUGGGAGGCUGGCAAGGGGGUCCCCAUUGUGAAGAUCCUGGUGUGACCGAGGAAAGGGACUUAGGGGAGCUGUGGAAGGGAGUGGGGCCAGACUUCAGUUUAGAAAGAUCCCUCUGGCUGCCAUCGGAGAGGAGAUGCAUGUGGAAGAGGUGGGAGCAGGAGCCCAGGGAGAUGAGGGCAUGGGGGCCAAGGAGGGUCCUGUUAGGGGGAGAUGGAGUGGGCAGCUGGGGGCAUGUAUGCGCGCGCGCGCACACACACACACACACACACACACACACACACACAGCGUGUGACAAAUGCGGCAAGCAGGAUUCUAGGAGGCUGAGGUUUCCACUUUGAGCAAAAAGAGGUGAGGGUACCACCUGGGACCAAGGGAGGCAGGUGUGUUCAGGACGGGCAGGUGAGGGGCCACCUGCCAAAGGGUUUGGCUGGGACCUGUGACACCCUUCAUGAAGAGACUUUCUCUGUCAUAUGCAAACUGUCAUGAGCUCAUUCUCUGUUUGGCCCAUGUGUGCCAGUCUCUGCCACAUCCAGGCUGCACCUGGCAUGCCCAGAUGGCAGACUGGGCUGGGCCUGGAACGGGAAGGGCUAGCCGAGCCCCCACCCACCUCAUCAUGACCCAGAUAAAUGUGGGGUGGUGCUAGAAGCCAGCCCAGCCUGGGUGGGCCUUGGGGCUGUGCGUGGCUGGGGCCCCAGAACACCCUCCUGGUUAAGUUCGCUGCCCUGAGACAGCAAGAACCAUACCUUUGGCCUCGCUAGCCCAGGCUGCACGGCCUCUGCCGACCCAUCCACCUGGAGCCACUGCAGCUUAAUCUCUGAAUUCAACCUGGAGACCCAAGCCACCCCUGUUUGCUGUGGCCCCUCUCAGGCCGGGCAGUGGUUUAAGGUCCCCGGACACAGCCGCCAGCUUAGUUGACAGAUCUCUUCCUCUCAGACACCAGAUUUCUCUAGACUUUCUGGGAUCCCUUCAGGCAGUGCUCUGGGAGGUGAUGGAUUUCAUUAUUUGUACACUGGUUUUGUUUUGAAUUUGAAAUAAAGUCUCGGAGGUCA